GAUGAAGGAAACAUUUCGAUUACAUCCAGUAGGGGCCUUUAUGGUGCCACACGAAUGCACUGAGGGUUGCAAUGUGGGAGGAUAUUACGUUCCACCAAAAACAAGGUUGCUUGUGAAUGUUUGGGCAAUGGGAAGGGAUGAUUGUAUUUGGAGAGAUCCUUUAGAAUUCAAGCCUGAAAGAUUUAUUGGGUCAAGCAUAGAUCUGAAAGGCCAACACUUUGAAUUGUUGCCAUUCGGAGCAGGGAGGAGGGGAUGCCCCGGAAUGUCCAUGGGGAGUUCCGUUGUUCACUUGGCUGUGGCUCAGCUCAUACAUUGCUUUGAUUGGAGUGUGGAGGGUGAGGUGAAUAGGGAAGAAGAGUUUGGUUUGAGCUUACCUAAAAAGUUUCCUCUUUCUGCUCUUCCCUCCUGGAGGCUCACCACUGAAGGGCCACCAUAGCUUUGGAUAGA